GCCGCGCGCCUCGUGGUUCUGUCACUUUUGUAAAAACUGUAAACACCGAUGAAGAUAGGAAAACAACGAUCGACAAUUUUGCUCAUUCUCCGCGGUGUAUACAAAAAUUAAAUUCACAAUUUUAAAAAACUAUCUAAAAUCAGUACCUAAGUUAUCGCUUAAACAUGGAUGACGACGCAGAAACCUACAAGCUAUGGAGGAUCCGGAAAACUGUGAUGCAGUUGAGCCAUGAUAGAGGUUAUCUGGUAACGCAGGAUGAAUUGGAUCAAACGCUGGAACAAUUCAAGGAGCAGUUCGGUGAUAAACCAAGUGAGAAGCGACCGGCACGUUCGGAUCUAAUUGUUUUGGUAGCGCACAAUGACGAUCCUACGGAUCAGAUGUUUGUGUUCUUCCCGGAUGAACCGAAAAUCGGCAUUAAAACCAUUAAGACGUACUGUACCCGUAUGCAGGAGGAAAACAUUCAUCGAGCCAUCGUGGUGGUCCAAGCCGGUAUGACUCCGUCGGCCAAGCAGUCAUUGGUGGACAUGGCCCCGAAAUACAUUCUUGAGCAGUUUUUGGAAUCGGAACUGCUAAUCAACAUCACUGAACAUGAGCUGGUUCCCGAACAUGUGGUGAUGACGCCGGAGGAAAAACAGGAACUACUGGCCCGGUACAAGCUGAAGGAGAACAUGUUGAUGAGAAUUCAAGCCGGUGAUCCAGUGGCCCGUUAUUUCGGUCUGAAGCGUGGUCAAGUGGUGAAGAUUAUUCGACCUUCGGAAACGGCUGGGCGCUAUAUUUCCUAUCGAUUAGUUUGCUAGAAUAAAGUAUGAUAUGUGAGAGAGAAUAACAAUCACCUAACUGACUGAAUAAACUUAAGAACAUAAUACCGAAAAUCUUCAAUAUA